AUGUCGACUGAGCAGCUAUCAGCUACAAUUCCUCAAGUGAAUAGCGGCACAUGUACCAUUCCCAGACUUGAGAAGAGGGGAGUGAAGAGUUGUUCGGAGCUGCCUCUUGAUACUCCUCAUGGUAAGAGGUGGCAGCAAGCUGGGACAAAGCCGGAAAGGACGUAG